CAAAUUUUGUUUUGGUCAAAAUUCGACCAUUUCGGUCAAAAUUCGGUGUACCGGCCGGAAUUUUGUAUAUCGGCCGGCACAACGAAAUAUGACCGGUACACCUAAGUUCAAACUGAAAAAAAAAAAAAACAAUGGAUUUCCGAUUGCAGAUCUGUUUCUGUUCUCCUUCUUCAUCACGAACGACGAACGCCACACGCCGCACGCCGCUCAACCUGUCGCCGGUGGGUUGGAGAUUCAGUGAAUGCUUCACUUCCGUGAUUACCGGCUAGAUCUGCUUCAUCUUCUCCCCAUUUCUGGUAGCUACCGAACCCUUCUGCUUUGGUGAUUACCGGUGAUGAAGGUGGAGGCUGUGAUGAUGAUGAGAUGCUCAGCAAGGGGAUGGUGA